AUGUUCAAGAGGUGGGAGAUGCUCUGGCAGACGGACGCCGCUGCGGCAGCGUCGGGGCGCAUGGAGCCCGGUGCGGCGGCGGCUGGGCCAUCGGGAUUCGAUCCCGGCGCCGCGCCCAUGGAUGUGUCGCCGAUGGGGGGCGAUGGCACGGACUGGGGGGAUGAUGUCAAGGCCCCGGGGCCCAUGAUGAUGCCUCCUGGGGCGGGGCCCAUGUUCGGCAUGGACGAGCACUUGGGUCGGUGCCGAUGCUGGAGGGGCUGUCGGCCGUGCUCGGGUACGGGUACGGUCUGGAUUUGGAGAACAUGGGGCCGGCAGGGUCGAGGUCGAACGGCUGGGGUGCCUAAUGAUUGGGUUCUCAUGUCUGGGUCAUGCCAUGUGUUGUUUGUGUUCGGUGGCGUUUCUGGGAUGAGAUUAUGA